AUGUCCUCCCCUAUCAAAACUGUCGGUGUGAUUGGCGCAGGCGUCAUCGGCGCCAGUUGGACGGCACUGUUCCUCGCCAAAGGACUCAAAGUGAUCGUAACAGAUCCAGCACCAGGAGCUGAGGCCAGGAUCCGUGACUAUCUGCAACAGUACUGCUCCGCGGUACCAAAUGCCACAGUUGCGCUCGCUGCUUGCUUAGAAAACUUCGCAUUUGUCAACAACAUCGACCCUUACCUCGAGAGCCUAGACUUGAUACAAGAGAACGGACCAGAGAGGGUAGACUUCAAACGCCGUCUCUUCGCACAUCUAGACGCAAAAACCCCCUCUCACGUUCUCAUCGCAUCCUCCUCCUCAGGCCUCCCAGCAUCACAAUUCGUCACAGAAUGCACCAACAACCCAUCUCGCAUUCUCAUCGGACACCCCUUCAACCCUCCACACCUAGUACCCCUGGUUGAAGUCGUCCCUCACCCGGGAACGAGCCAGGAAUACGUAACAGCCGCAUACCAGUUCUAUCAACACCUAGACAAGGAUCCAGUGAUUGUCAAACAAGAAACGCCCGGAUUUAUUGCCAACCGCUUGCAAGCCGCUGUCUGUGCUGAAGCAUACAGUCUCGUUUCAAGGGGGAUUGUCUCCGCAGAAGAUCUCGGUUAG